AUGAACGACAAAAAAAAUCUUACAAAAGAUGAACUUGCAAAUUAUUUAAAAAAUUUAAAGGAUAAAGCACCUCCUAAACCUUCAAGUCUAAUAACACCACCAAAAAGUCCAAUAGCCUCCACUGCUCCAUCCGACAACAAUGUUCUUUUAAGCCCUUCUCCUCAUCCCCCUUCUUCCUUCUCCUCCUCUUCAUCUUCAAUUAUUGUUAAUUCUAUUCCCGGUUAUUCAACUGAAAAUGAGAGGAAAAGAGGAGGUUUGUAUGGUCCAAGGGUGUAUCCUUCUCCAAAGAAGAUUACCUCAAUUAUAGGUCAAAAAAUUGGAGAAAGCAUCAAAACACCAUCUUCUCCUCCCGAAUCAGUUUCCAGUUCUACUGCUUAUUCAUCAUCUUCUUCUACACGACUAAACACCACAGAUACAGUUUCAUCAGGCUUAAAUUUUAAUGAAGCUGAUGCAAACAAGAUUGAUGGAAAUAAUGAUAUUAAUGGACUUAUUAAUGAUUUAACUUAUCCAAUGGAAACGAAGCUUUCUUUUAAAACCAUCUCUGCUAAUGCAUCUACUACAAAAAUAGAUAAUAACACAAAAGAUAGUUAUGUUUUAUCUGCUGCAUUUAAAUCGUACUCUGCUUCUUCCAGACCAGCAUCAAGGACUCCAUCAUUAAUUAAACAAACCACAAACCAAAUUCAAAGUGAAGUUAAUAAAAACAAGAAAAUAUACAACUCUACAGUAAAUAUGUUACAAAAACAACAUCAAUUUAACAAGCAAUUAAAUAAUGAACUAGAAAACAAUGAUAAUAAUUCACAAUGGAAUCCACGAUAUGAUGAGACUCAAAAGAAAUUCCCUCAUUCAGAAAAACUUGAACAUAAUCAAGAAUAUAAUCAUAAUUCAAUACCAACUUCACCAACUUCACCAAAAAUAUAUACAUCAAAUAAUCAACCUCUUAAUGGUGGUGGUAGACCAUCAUCAUCUAUGUAUAAUGUAGCAUCAAUAGAAUGUGCAGCUUGUAACAAAUCAAUCACAGGGAAGGUGUUGUCGGCAAUGGGGAAAAAAUGGCAUCCAGAUCAUUUCACAUGCACAACAUGUAAUACUUCUUUAGAACACAUUGCCUUUUUUGAACAAGAUGGAUUGCCAUAUUGUCAUUUGGAUUUUCAUGAAUUGUUUAGUCCAAGAUGUGGUUAUUGUAAUACACCUAUUGAAGGGCAAUGUAUUACGGCACUUGGAAAAUCUUGGCAUGUAGGACAUUUCUUUUGUCGUGAGUGUGGUGGACCAUUUGAAAGUGGUGGUUUCAUGGUACAUGAUGGUUAUCCAUACUGUGAAAAGGAUUGGAUGAAAAAAUUUGCACCAAAAUGUAAAGGUUGUCAAAAUCCAAUUAAAGAAGAAUUUACAAGCGCAUUGGAUGGAAAGUGGCACCGUGAUUGUUUUGGUUGCAAGACUUGUAAUCAACCAUUCCAUAGUUCAUAUUAUGUUCACCAAGGACAACCUUAUUGUGAUGUACAUUAUAGAGAAAUAAGAGAAUUUUGA